CUUAAUCAAGUUUAUAAAAAGGAAAUUAAAAAAAGACUAAAUUGAAAGACUCUUUGUGAUUUAAUGUGCAUAUCUAAAACAUAUUAACUCUUGGUUUAAGUCGUUUGUGUCAUUCAUUAAAAGAUGUGAAAGCUACAGACACAUUGGAUUUAAAGUUGCUGUCAGAAGGUCCAGGUCCAUGUCUUUUAUUCUGAAGAUCUACCGGAAAUGGCCGCUGUCAUGGCGGGCGUCUUGGCAGCCGUGAGCUGCACCGGAGCCGUAAUCUCCAUCUUAGCUCGUCGGUGUGGUCGGCCUCUCCCUUCUCCCGGCCUUCACACGGCCUCUCCGACCCGGGCCCCGCUUCCAUGGCUCUCUGGCAGAGCUCCACGGGUCGUCGGUGACAGAGGCGCGGUGAACGCGGGAGUGUCCCCCGCUCGGACCCGCAGCGGACCUGCGGGGGCGGGUUUACGGUAAAGCGACCCACCGACACUGGAAACACAAGAUUAAUGUGGAUUUAAAGACGUGACGGUGGAAAGUCCCGUUGUAAAGUGAAGGAGAACGUAUUAAACCACUGUUAAGAGUCAAACAGAAGACUUAGUGUUCAGUUGUAUUCCAUAAGGAGGCCUGAUCUGAGACAGGAUAAAAAGAGUUUCAGUUACUACAGUUGAAGUAUUCAGUUACUCCACUAAAAGUACUGGACCAGCCCACAGUAAAACUGUCUGUCCUCACAGUUACAGGACGAUGGCGAGGCUGAGCCACAGCGACCAUGUCCUCCAGCAGCUUAACAACCAGAGAGAGUGGGGCUUCCUGUGCGAUUGCCUCAUAGCCAUCGGUGACAUCUACUUCAGAGCCCACAAGGCUGUGCUGGCGGCCUGCAGUUCCUACUUCAGGAUGAUGUUCAUCCGGGAUCAGCAGGGGGCAGGCCGCCUGGACCUCAGCAACAUGCAGAUCAGCGCUGAGUGCUUUGACCUCAUUCUGCAGCUCAUGUACCUGGGACGCAUUGUUGUUGGGAGCUACGAGUUCGAGGAGCUGAAGGCGUCCAUGGCCUAUCUGCAGAUGUACUACAUCCCUGACUCACUGGAGGACCUCCGGGACAUCCGGAGCUCUAACCUCACCCCAUCCUCUUCUUCCUCAUCCUCAUCCACUUCCUCCACUGGUCCUGCCAGCGGGAAAAUGAUGUUUGGUGUACGCAUGUAUGAGCAGCAGAGAACUGCGGCGCUGGAUGGAGAGCGUUUAUCCAAAGCUGUGAGCUGUGGUACUGGGCGUCCAACCGUUCCAGCCACUGUCAGCAGGCCGGUGGCAGCAGAGGAGCCGGUCAGUGCUCCUUUGAUUGUGGCUCCUCCUGCUGUGGAUGGAUCAGCUGAGCAGCCAUGUGACCUGCGGAAGAGGUCUGGCGGGCGUAGUGCAACACUUAAAGACCGCCCUCGAUUUGGUCGCACUUACACUUGUGACGAUUGUGGCUUUGUCUUUAGCUGCGAGAAGCUUCUGAUUGAGCACAUUCUGACCUGCACUAACCGGAAGGCCUUCCAUGCACCCAGAGGCAACACUGAUGACAACGAGUCCAGCAAAGCUGAGAGCUCGGCCUCUGACACCACUGAGGACACUCGGAUCAUGUGCAAAGGUGAGGAGGACUGGCCUGAUGCCAAGGCGGACUCUGACCUUACUGUCGGGUCAGGGGUAACGGACGAGCCUGCGUCAACCCGCAGCAUCUCCAUCAAAACAGAACCAGAGGAAACCCUGUUCCCAGAGAUUGAGGUGGUGCGGGUUGGAGAGCACAAAGGCUGUCCACGGUUUGGCAACUCCGCCCACAAAGACCUGCUGAGAGAGAGGAAGGGGUCAGAGCGGCAGCCAGAGCCCAGCGUUUCUACAUUGGACAACAGUGGUGAGGCUUUUGAGGGCCAGAGCGACGACUCAGGGAUCCCAGCAAAGCUCCGUAAGGUCAAGGAGGAGCAGCAAGAUUCUGACUGCACCCCAUGUGAACUAUGUGGAGCCCUGUUGACGGAGGAAGAUCGCUCUGCCCACUACCUAUCCAAUCAUAUGGGGCACAUUUGCGCCUGCGGACGCUGCGGUCAAGUACUGAUCAAGGGCCGGCAGCUCCAGGAGCACGCCGAGCGCUGCGGCGAGUCCCACGGUGUGGAGUCGGACUCCCACGGCGAGGACGAGGAGGCGCAGGGGCCAGAGGAGGGCCUACUGGAGGCAGAGGCGGUCGACCUGGCCUGUCCCCACUGCGGCCUGUUGUUCCAGAAUGAGAGCGUGGCGCUGGAGCACGCCCUCUCCUGCCAUGAGCAGGAGCUUUUUCGGCCAACGCUGCUGGAGGAGAGUGGAGAACCCGACCACCGGCGCAAACACUUCUGCAGUAUCUGUGGCAAAGGCUUCUACCAGCGCUGCCACCUGCGCGAACACUACACCGUCCACACCAAGGAGAAGCAGUUCACCUGCCAGACCUGCGGAAAGCAGUUCCUACGUGAGCGACAGCUACGGCUUCAUACCGACAUGCACAAAGGCAUGGCACGCUACGUCUGCCCCGUCUGCGACCAGGGAACCUUCCUGAAGCAUGACCACGUCCGCCACAUGAUUUCCCACCUUUCGGCUGGGGAAACCAUCUGCCAGGUGUGCUUCCAGAUCUUCCCCGGUGGUGAGCAGCUGGAGAAACACAUGGACGUCCACCUGUAUAUCUGCGGUGUUUGCGGAGAAAAGUUCCGGCUCCGUAAAGACAUGAGGAGCCACUACAACUCCAAGCACACCAAGAGACUAUAGAGGGCCGACAAAGUCAAACCAGUCUGUAACUAAAAGCCAUAAAUGUGAGAACAAAUGUAUGCACUUGAACACCAAAAAAAAAAACUUUGAACCUGCACUUUUAAAGUUUAUGCAUAAACUAAUUGGCUGUUGACACUGUGAGCAGCGAGUCUGAGUAGUUGGUGAGCGAUGGAAAUGAACAGAAUUGAAGAACAGUGAUAAAUCAUAGAGUAAUUUGAGGAUUUAAAGUUAAUUUGAUGAAAACAAAACCAUGUUUCAGUAUUUUCAUUCAUUCAUUCAUGUGUUACAGUUUGUUCAUUUUCACAAAUUUUUAUUUAGCGAAACCAUUACCAAGCAACAAUGUCUGAAUUAUUUAAGUUGCAUAUAAUUUACAUUUUAUAUUAUACCAACAUAAAAUUGUUUUCUUGUCGUUCAGAGGAAGUUGUUUUUGAGACACUUUCCAAAAGUUUCUCAAAGUGGUAAGUGCAUUCACAGAGCAGCUACAUUAGUAGGUCAAUGUUUUUCAUUGCCAAAGUGCAAAAAGUUGGUAAACGCUUUGGUCUGAAGUAGCACACACAUUAAAUGUCUGCUGAAAGAUUGGAAAAUGAUCAUAUUUUAACCUUCAUCUUCUUUUGUAAAAUGAUAAAUGUAUGAAAAUAAUGGAACAUGGUGCUGUUCAGAUCACGUCUACUUAAGAUGAAUUAAAUGGCUUAAUUUAUCACUUCAUGAUUCAUUUUCCAUUUACAUCCAUUUUAUCAGUUAAUUUUUGUUCUUUUCCUGCUGUUGAAUAAAAAUUUCUGAGUUGUUUUCUGUCAGAUAAAAUGGUUUGAAUCAGUGUCUGAAAUCAGUCAGGAUUAAAUGUAGAAACAAACGACAAACUGAAUUAUGGAUGUUUAUGGAAUUGUAACACCAGGACCUCGAUAUAUUGAGAGAAUUAAUGACUCAUCAUCAAAUAAUGUGGAACAAUGUCAAAAACUGAUGAUUUGUACACAGAAGUGUUUAUAUAAAAUAGAAAAUUUAUUCGUUUAAUAAUUUUACUGCUUUUACUCCAUGUAAAAACCUGAUUUUCUUUUAGCAUGUUCUACAUUUAGUGACAAUGAGGAACUUUUCUCAUAUUCAUUAAAUUGUGUAGUUUUUCGUUAAUGAAUUGAAUAUUAUAUGAACUGGGAAAGCAAAAUUAAAGUAAUAGUCCAAAUGAAAAAUGCAAAAUAUGUAAAGGACAUAUAACGUCAUAUCAGCAGGUGAAAGGAUAAACAUAAUGAACUACAUUUUAAAGUAAUGCAACUCCACUGUGUCUCAUCAAAAUAUAUGUUAAAUAUGAAGCUUUUAAUGUGACAUAUGCAUAACGCAUUCAUUUGUUCCAUAAAGAUAUGAACAUUUUUAAUCUAGGGAACAUUGAUGUGUAGUUUUCAUUUUCAUGAAAUCGACACUCAAAAAUAGAAAGGAUUAAAUGUAAACACAAUGUCUGGACUUUUGCGUGGUUAUAAUUCUAAAAACCCAUUCUACUUUAGAUUUAUUCUUUUUGUCUUAUUAAAGAAAUUGUUUUGUAAAGACACCAAUGACCUGCUGGAAACAUUGUGCAUGCAUUUGUAUUCAGGUUUUAUUACAGGCUAAAACAUCCUAAAAACAUAAAGUAAACUUCAGAAUGUCUACACAGGACUAAAGUCAGACUAUAGUUAGAUGUAAGCCUUGGUUGAGGUCUGUCUUCAUGAAGCUGGUUCUGGAUUUUCUGACAGAAAACAGACUACAAAGAGAUGAAAAUCUUCAGUUUCCUGUUCAAUAUAUCCAGUUCAUGACAGGAGCUGCUCACGGUGUGAACACUCAUUCCAACCGGCACUGAACUCCAGGGGAAAUCGGACCGCCGCCCUCUCUUUAGCCUCCACGUGUGCUGGCUUUCGGCGGAUCCGGAUCCUGCUCAAGUUGGGGGUUCUAGUGCCAGUUGGAGCGCUGCGGUGCCUCCAGCUUCUGCUCGGUGUUUCAGAGUUUUAACUUGAGAUACUAAAGAGCUGUUCAUGGUGUUGUUUGUGGACUCAUGAGCCGUGUUUCCGUUAAUGUAUUUCAUGCACAUUCUCAAGGAUUGUAUCAGAAAGGAUUCAUGCCUGAGGUUUUUAUACCUAUUUGAGCUGAUAUUUGUCAUUUUAGAAAAAGUGUUAAGUAUAUUCUGGCAUAUUGAAUUAAGGACAUGAUGGAUCAGGUGAAAACAUGGCCAGUAGCAAGUGGGAAGUUUAGAAUAAAGAACUAAUUUGAUUUAAUGCUGGUUUUCACAGCAUUAAAUCAAAUGAACAAAAUAAGCGCAAAAUCAGUAUCAUGAAACGUGUCAAUGGUAAAUUUAGCAAAAACUGGGG